AUGAGAAGCGUCCUCAGCUACUCAGGCCCUGCGGCAGUUCUAUUUGCUACUGCAUACCUCACCAAGUCUGCCUCAGCACGUUUCCCUCAGCCAGCCAAAGACGAUGUCAAAUUCAACUCCACCCGUGUUCCUGGCGUUUCAAUCUCUUACCGCAACCCUAACAUUUGCGAAGAGACCCCAAAUGUGGAGUCUUAUUCUGGAUAUAUUCAGAUCCCGCCAAACACACUUGAUUAUAAACAAGAUUACCCAAUCAACACUUUCUUUUGGUUCUUUGAGGCUCAUAACGACUCUGCAAAUGCACCAUUGACAGUUUGGAUGAACGGUGGACCUGGAUCGUCUUCCAUGAACGGUCUUUUCGAAGAGGUCGGCCCUUGCGAUGUCAAGAACGACUCCAAGACAACCGUCAAGCGUGAAUUCGCCUGGAAUCGUCUUACCAAUCUCCUCUUCAUCGACCAGCCCGUCCAGGUCGGUUUCUCCUACGAUACCCUUAACAACGGUACUCGUACUUUCGACCACAAAGCCAAGGGCUUCAAGGACACUCUCAAGAACUUCACCGCCACUGAGACCAUCCCGUCAAACAACGCUACCUACAUGGUCGGCACCUUCCCGUCGCUCAGCGUCAACAACACCGCAAACAACACCGACAUCGCCGCCCAGGCCUUCUGGUACGGUAUGCAGACCUUCACCGAGGCCUUCUCGCAGUACAAGAAGCUCGACGAGGUCUCCAUCUACGGUCAAUCAUACGGUGGUCACUUCGCCCCCCGCUUCUCCGCCUACCUCGAGCAGACGAACGAGAGGAUCGGGAACAACACCUUCAAGGCCCCCCGCGGCCGUACCGAGAAGCCCGCAAAGCUCAACGUGAAGACCCUCGGUGUUGUCUCUGGAUGCAUCGACUACCCAACCCAGUACGCGGGUUUCUACACCCUUGGUGCAAACAACACCUACGACAUCCCGUUCCUUAACCAGUCCAUUGCUAGCACCCUCCUUAACCAGUACACAAAAUCCGGCGGCUGCAAAGACGCAUACCUCGAGUGCCAGAAGCUGAUGAAAGACGACCCAUGGGGUGACAAGGGUACCGUCCGCGCCUGCAUCGAGAAGGCGAACAAGGGCGUCUGCAGCAUCGUCCACGACCAACAGCCAGUCACUGACUUUGAGUAUGUUGCCAUCGAGGGAAGGAACAGAUAUGACAUCACCCACAACAACACCGAUGGAUUCCCAUGGACCCACUGGAAGGGAUAUCUCAUGGACGCCAACGUCCAGCGCGAGCUCGGUGUCCGUGUUAACUACACUUCCUCUUCUGCCGCUGUCAGCCGUGCAUUUACAUCCUCUAACGACCGCUUCGGCCCCGGCUUCCUCGAGGAUAUCGGUUACCUCCUCGACAAAGGUGUCAAGGUGUCAAUGAUCUACGGUGACAGGGACCAUGCUUGCAACUGGUACGGUGGUGAGCUUGUCAGUCUCGCGGUUAAGCACAAAAAGCAGAAGGAAUUCGCGGCUGCAGGAUACACAAACAUCAUUGACAGCAAAGGUACCGUUGGUGGCGAGGUCAGGCAGUAUGGAAACUUCUCGUUCUCCCGUGUUUACCAGGCUGGACAUGCGGUUCCUGCCUAUGCUCAGGAGAUCUCGUUCCGCAUCUUUGAGCGUACCCACAAUGGUAUGGAUAUCGGGACUGGAAAGGAGAAGGCGCUUGAUGCAUUCUCGACCAAGGGUGGCUCACAAAGCACUACUAAGACCAAGAACGAGGGAUUCGGGCCUGCGCCGCAGUGCUACCUUCCUGACUUCAAAGGAUGCAAUGAGGAGCAGAUGAACGCGUUAAACAAUGGAACGGCGGUUGUUGAGAACUACUAUGUUGUCAAGCCGACUGGUGGUAUUGGGUUCAACAGGCCGGUGAAGUCGACUGCGGGGACGGGGAUUGUGAACUAA